GAAGUCUCGCGAGAUUAGCAGCGCUCUCGUGUUGUUGUUGUUGUGGUGAUGAUGGCGGCAGGCACGGAGGCCCCGGACUCCUGGUAUCUCGCUCUGCUCGGUUUCGCCGAACAUUUCCGGACCUCCAGUCCUCCCAAAAUCCGCUUGUGUGUGCACUGCCUGCAGGCCGUCUUCCAGUUCAAGCCGCCGCAGAGAGUGGAGGCCCGCACGCACCUGCAGCUCGGCUCGGUGCUCUACCACCACACGAAGAACAGCGAGCUGGCCCGCACGCACCUCGAGAAAGCGACACUAACACAUGACUCGUUCCUCUCUUUC